AUGGUUAUUUGCGGAGAAAACUAUCAUAGAAUUGGUUCCUUGCUUCCAAUAGAUGGAGAGCGGCCCAAAUUCGCUCAAUUAUACAUAUUUGAACCAGACAGCGAAAUCGACAAUAGAUUGUCUAACUUUGCAUCACGCGAGUCUGUCCUUUUGCCUGAAUUGCUCACGUCGUUGUUGAGGAUGCUAGAUCAGACCAAUGAGUUAGUUAAAACUUUCAGGCGCAUUCGUCAAGAACUACAACAGUCUUCUACAAUAAAUGUUCGUCUUCAGAUUUUUGGAAUGGAAAGCAGGAAUCGACAAUAUGAUCUCCCGACGAGUAGUGAUAUUGCAGCUUUGAUCCCAGGUGACUUUGUUGCUGAUAGGAAUGACAGAGACAUUAUUGUAGACCAUCAGAAUGAGGGACUGAAACUCAUCUCAAGCCUUAAUCCCAAGUUUGAAGCCCUACAUUUCCCUUUGUUGUUCCCAUAUGGGGAGGAUGAGUACCACCCAUUGAUACCGUAUCGUUCAAACCAAACACUCCUUCAGACUGGAUUCAAAUACCUCCCAUGUUUUUUUAUAGCACCUACACAGGAACCAGUUAAGUCUAUUUCAGCUGAUAUAUAUGACUCAUUUGGAACACAUUACAGAAACACAAAGUAUCUCACAAAUAGGGCAGUAGUGACGCCAACAAAUGCAAAAGUCAAUGAGAUCAAUGAGUUUAUGCUUGAUCAGCUGGCAGGAAUCAGUCGCUCAUAUUUCAGUUCAGAUUCUAUGCAAGUUGAUGGAGAUGUUCCAGAAUCAUUCACUGAGACCUACCCAACAGAAUUUCUCAAUACACUUGCAUUCAAUGGCGUCCCUGAUCAUGAAAUCAGUCUUAAAAUUCACGCUCUAGUUAUGCUACUAAGGAAUUUGAGCCCUCCAAAUGGUCUGUGCAAUGGAACAAGAAUCAUGAUCACAUUCUUAGGAGAAGAUAUCAUCAAAGGAACAAUUAUGGGUGGAACAUAUGACACAAAAUUGGUUGUCAUACCAAGAAUAGUUCUCAAUAUCGAGGAUAAGAAAUGGCCGUUCAUCCUCAAGAGAAGGCAGUUUCCUGUUCGCCUUUGUUACGGAAUGACCAUAAACAAAAGCGAGGGCCAGACACUUGAAAAGGUUGGGGUAUACCUGCCAGACCAUGUAUUUAGUCAUGGCCAAUUAUAUGUCGCGGUUUCAAGAGUUAAAUCAGCAGAUGGAUUACGUAUCCUGAUCACCGAUACUGAUGAUGUCCCAAAUGACUACACAAGGAAUAUUGUGUACACAGAAGCACUUGAAGAUGUCAGCAUAGAUAAGGAGCAGCCUAACAAUAAUCUAUAG